GCCUCUUGGCCCCCUCUUCUUUUGCCCUCCACGAUGGUGAGGUGGUUUCACCGUGACUUGAGUGGGCUGGAAGCUGAAGCCUUGUUGAAGGGUCGAGGUGUCCAUGGGAGCUUUCUGGCCAGACCCAGUCGGAAGAAUCAGGGGGACUUUUCUCUUUCAGUUCGGGUUGGUGACCAGGUGACCCACAUCCGCAUCCAGAAUACUGGGGAUUUCUAUGACCUCUAUGGAGGGGAGAAGUUUGCCACCUUGUCAGAACUGGUGGAGUACUACACACAGCAGCAGGGCUCGCUGCAGGACAAAGAUGGAACCAUCAUCGACUUGCGAUACCCCCUUAACUGUUCUGACCCCACUACAGAGAGGUGGUACCAUGGGCAUCUGUCAGGCUCUGCAGCUGAGUCACUUCUCCAAGCCAAAGCCACCCCUUGGACCUUCUUGGUGCGGGAGAGCCUCAGCAAGCCUGGGGAUUUUGUCUUGUCUGUCCUCACUGACCAGCUGAAACCUGGGUCUGAUGUUCCAGCAGCUGGGGCAACCAGUGCCCCUGGGGCCCGGCUCAAAGUCACCCACAUCAAGAUCAUGUGUGAGAAUGGACGCUACACAGUUGGAGGUGCUGAAACAUUUGACAGCUUGGCAGAUCUGGUGGAGCACUUCAAGAAGACUGGAAUUGAGGAGGUGUCUGGCUCCUUUGUGUACCUGAAGCAGCCCUACUAUGCUACAAGGGUGAAUGCUGCUGACAUUGAAAACAGAGUGCACGAGCUGAACAAGAAGAGUCUAUCUGAGGAGACAUCCAAGGCUGGAUUCUGGGAGGAAUUUGAUAGUCUGCAAAAACAGGAACCCAAGCACCUGUUUGACCGUCAUGAGGGUCAGAGGCCUGAAAACAAGUGCAAGAACCGAUACAAGAACAUCUUGCCCUUUGAUCACUCCAGAGUCGUCCUCCAAGGAAGGGACCCAAAUAUACCAGGAUCUGACUAUAUCAAUGCCAACUAUGUCAAGAACAACCUGAUCAGCCCAGAUGAGUGCACCAAGACCUACAUUGCUAGCCAGGGCUGCCUGGACACCACAGUCAAUGACUUCUGGCAGAUGGUGUGGCAGGAGAACACGCGCAUCAUCGUGAUGACCACACGGGAGGUAGAAAAAGGGCGGAACAAAUGUGUGCCUUACUGGCCGGAGGUGGGCAGCACAAAGGGAUACGGCCCCUAUCUCGUGGAGAACGCCGGGGAGCACGACGCGCUGGAGUACAAGCUCCGGCACCUCUGCGUGUGUCCCAAGGAGAACGGUAAGGCUGUGCGUGAGAUCUGGCACUACCAGUACCUGAGCUGGCCUGACCAUGGUGUACCUAGUGAGCCGGGAGGAGUGCUCAGCUUCCUCGACCAAAUAAACCAGAAGCAAGAGAGCAUCCCAGAUGCAGGGCCCAUUCUGGUGCAUUGCAGCGCUGGGAUUGGCCGCACUGGGACCAUCAUCGUCAUUGACAUGAUAGUUGAAACCAUCUCCACCAAGGGACUUGACUGUGACAUUGACAUCCAGAAGACCAUUCAGAUGGUGAGGGCCCAACGUUCAGGGAUGGUGCAGACAGAGGCCCAGUACAAGUUCAUCUACAUGGCCAUCUGCCAGUUCAUAGAGACAACCAAGAAAAAGCUGGAAGUUAUCCAGUCUCAGAAAGGCAAGCCGAAUGAAUCAGAGUAUGGGAACAUUGCCUACCCCCCUGCAGUGAGGAAUGUGCAUGUCAAGGCUUCACGGAAAUCCUCCAAGCAGAAAGAGGAGUCAACUGUUUAUGAGAACUUGGAGAAAAAGGAGGAGAAGGUGAAGAAGCAGCGCUCCUCAGAGAAGAAACAGAAAGGCUCACUGAAGAAAAAAUAA